AUUAAUUAUGCUUUUUUUUUUUUUUUAAUUAUCUUCCCCAUUUUUAAGGGUACAACUUAGUGACAUUAAGUGCAUUCACGAUGUCAUGUAACCACCAUGAUUCCCAGAACUUUUUCAUCGUCCUAAACAGAAACUCUGCACCUAUUAAACAACAACUUUCCAUUCCUACACCCCUCAAGCCCUGGUAACCUCUAAUCUAUUUUCUGUCUCUAUGCAUUUGCCUAAGGAUCCCUGGUGGCAGAGUGGAUAAGCGCUCGACUGCUAACUGAAAGGUUGGAGGUUUGCACUCCCCACCCGCUCCCUGGGAGAAAGCCGUGGCAGUCUGCUUCUGUACAGACUACAGCCUUGGAAACCGUAUGAGGCAGCUCUACUGUGUCCUGUAGGGCCACUAUGUCCCUGGUAGACUUGGGAAAGAAGCUUUUAGAAGCCGCACGAGCAGGUCAAGAUGAUGAAGUUCGUAUUUUGAUGGCAAAUGGAGCUCCUUUUACUACAGACUGGCUGGGAACUUCUCCACUUCAUCUGGCAGCACAGUACGGACAUUAUUCCACAACAGAGGUGCUCCUCCGGGCCGGUGUGAGUAGGGAUGCCAGAACUAAAGUGGACCGGACACCAUUACACAUGGCAGCUUCUGAGGGCCAUGCCAGGAUAGUUGAGGUGUUGCUUAAGCAUGGUGCUGAUGUCAAUGCGAAGGACAUGCUGAAGAUGACAGCUCUACACUGGGCCACAGAGCACAAUCAUCAAGAGGUGGUGGAGCUUUUAAUCAAAUAUGGUGCUGAUGUACACACACAAAGUAAAUUUUGUAAAACUGCAUUUGAUAUUUCAAUAGACAAUGGGAAUGAAGAUUUAGCAGAGAUACUACAGAUUGCAAUGCAGAACCAAAUCAACACAAACCCAGAGAGUCCCGACACUGUGACGAUACAUGCUGCAACACCACAGUUUAUCAUCGGACCUGGAGGGGUGGUGAACCUAACAGGUCUGGUAUCUUCAGAAAAUUCAUCCAAGGCAACAGAUGAAACGGGUGUAUCUGCUGUUCAGUUUGGAAACUCAUCUACAUCAGUGUUAGCUACGUUAGCUGCCUUAGCUGAAGCAUCUGCUCCAUUGUCUAAUUCUUCAGAAACUCCAGUGGCCACAGAGGAAGUGGUUACUGCAGAAUCUGUGGAUGGUGCAAUUCAGCAAGUAGUUAGUUCAGGGGGUCAACAAGUCAUCACAAUAGUUACAGAUGGAAUUCAGCUUGGAAAUUUGCACUCCAUUCCAACCAGUGGAAUAGGUCAGCCCAUCAUUGUGACCAUGCCGGAUGGACAGCAAGUAUUAACAGUACCAGCAACAGACAUUGCCGAAGAAACUGUUAUAAGUGAAGAACCACCAGCUAAGAGACAAUGUAUCGAAAUAAUUGAAAACCGGGUGGAAUCUGCAGAAAUAGAAGAGAGAGAAGCUCUUCAGAAACAGCUGGAUGAAGCAAAUCGAGAAGCGCAAAAAUAUCGACAGCAGCUUCUAAAAAAAGAACAGGAAGCAGAGGCCUACAGACAGAAAUUAGAAGCAAUGACUCGUCUUCAAACUAAUAAAGAAGCUGUUUAAUUGAAAUGAACAUGUAGUUUGAUUUUACUUUUGGUCAAGAAAAUACAAUCUUGAACUGUACACAGUAUGGGUACAGUCAUGGGAACACAGGAUAAUAGAAGAGACUACAGUUGAUAAUUGGACUUAAGCCAUGAGCUCUGAAUUCUUGUAACAUAAAACUUUAGAAGUUGUGAGAUGUAUUUAAAGCCGAAUUCUGUAAAUAGUUGUUUGUUUGUUUUUUUUUUUUACGGUUCCAAAUGAGUUGAUAAAAGAUUGUUGAAGAGAUCCAAAAACACAAUAAGCCACUGUUUUUGUGAAAGCCUUUUGAUUUUAGUAUGAACCUUAAUUUCCCAGAAACAGAACAGUUUUAAGGGUGAUCGUUGUUGAUUAGACCAAAUGUUGUGUAUAAUUAUGUGGCGAACCGAUGCUGGAAUUAUUCCUGUAGGUAUAAACUUCAAUAUGAAGAGAGGAUUUCUCCCAGGAAAUCUUUGUACAGCUUAAGUUGUCUCAGAUUCUCUGAAAACAUUUUUUAGAAAGCAAAACUUUUAUAUUUGUUCAAUUUCAGCUAUACCCGAGUAGAUUUACAUGUAUAUGAAACAAAUAUUUUUUAAACUUUCUGUUUGUAAAUAUUUUGCAUGUUUUCUAAUUUCAAAAUGCAUCACUUGCAUACGUAUUUUUCCCACGAAGAUGAUGAAAGUUACUAAGGAAAAAAAAAAGCCUUUUAUUCUAUAGGUCAUUGAAAUUAAGUAAGCUGGCAGCCGGUUUUAUUGGAAUGACAAUGUUCUCGGAAGGAGCAGCUUACAAGAUAACUUGAAAUUGCAAAAUCUAUGUUUUGUUUUGUUUUGUUUUUAAUUUCAUAAUGGGGACGUGAACCUGUAUUCUGUGCCUUCCAUCAUGAUUUCCACAUGAAAGCACUUUAAGGCACUGGAUUUUAAGAUAAUGUUUUUGGAAAACUCAAUGCAUGUGGGCUUCUGAAAUACUUCAUGGACUCCUUUCUCCAAGCCCCUGCCUCCCAGGAAAUUAUUCUUAUGGAAAAAAAUUGCUUUUGUAUGUAGAACAAGAACUUUUUGUACUAUAGGGAUGCCAUAGAUGUGUCUAAUGUAACUUUUACUUUGUGAAAGCUGUGUGUCUGUGCUGUGACUUGUUCUCAUCACAAGAUUGUUAAAUCCCACAAUGUAUAGACAUAAAACUCUGACAUACUGUUCAUUCUUUUUUGUAAAACAUAACUUCAGGCUCCUUUUUCUUGCUUUAUUUUUAAAAAUGUUUUGUCGCUUUAUGAAAAUGUUUAACCCUAAGACCCCUUUAGACUGUAUGAAGAAGCAAUUACCCUUAAAACUGUACUCUGGCCUACUUUUCUAUUUUACGAUUAAAUAUCUUUUCCACAUAUA